CCUCAUUCGUCUACUUCCGGGGAGGAAGUUUGUCCCGUUCAAAACAAAUGUUAGCUCGUUCAUAAGAUAUUUUUCAACUUUCAGUGAGUUAUGCGCUGUUUCAAAAUAUAGAAGCGCUGCUCUUAUUAAGAACCGACCUGUGUAUCCAUGGAGACCCCAGAGCCCGGCCCAGCAGACGGAGAGGAGCGCAUGGUGGAGCUGCGACCACGGACACGCUCCAACCCUGAAGGUGCUGAGGACCGUCGCAGCAGCACCGGCAGCCUCGGAGGCAACAGUAACCCCAACACCCCUCAGCCUGCGGUGGGCAGCCGCGUCGAGGGCGAAGGGGAGGCCUCGACCAGCGACAGUCCCCCUAGCUCCACCACCACGACUGUCUCGGCGGCCACAGCCCAGACCGCUGCCCCGGCCGCGGCGGGGGGGACUGCAGCCAAUGCCUCGGUGCCACUUUCGACUGCCGCUGUUGCAGCUAAAGAGAGGCCGAAGCCCACACAGCAGCCCCCGCUCACGACUCCCAUCCCCCCUCCAGAGUACCACCUCAGAGCCCCCCGCGUCAACUGCCCGGAGAAAGUGAUCAUCUGCUUAGACCUCUCAGAAGAGAUGUCUUUACAGAAGUUGGAGUCUUUUAAUGGAUCUAAAACCAACGCCCUGAACAUAUCUCAGAAGAUGAUCGAGAUGUUUGUCAGAACAAAACACAAGAUUGACAAGCGGCACGAGUUUGCUUUGGUUGUGGUGAAUGACGACGCUCUCUGGCUGUCAGGUUUUACCUCGGACCCACGGGAGUUGUGCAGUUGUCUGUAUGACCUGGAGACCAACGUAUGCGAGUCAUUCAAUCUGGAAGAUCUUCUUAAUGUAAUCCGUCAGAAGAUUGAGCUUCCAAUGAUGGAGAAUGUUCAGACCAUCCCUCCUCCAUAUGUGGUGCGGACCUUGCUAAUUUACAGUCGACAUGCAGGACAGCUGCAGUUCAACCCCUCUGAGGCCGUUAGUAAAAUGCUGCAGUCUCCAUACUUCUUCUUUGAUGUGGUCUACCUCCACAACGGGGCGGAGGAGCAGGGGGAUGAGAGCAGCUGGAGGGAAAACUACACCUCGUUCUGCAACCUUGACUCCAAGGGAAUGUGCUACCGCUUCGAGGUUUCUCUGAGCGGACCUGCCAUCGAGCUGCACAACUGCAUGGCCAAACUUCUGUCCCACCCCUUACAGAGGCCUUUCCAGAGCCACGCAUCCUACAGCCUCCUGGAGGGGGACGACCCCCAGGACAUUGAGGCUACUGUCUAACACAGGCCCCGUCAUAAAGCCCUGGCUCUCUGGGAAAUGAACAUACAUGCUGGUUCAUCAGCAAAUCCUACUGUUUCCCAAGUACAUCUUUCUUCUGAAUGUUUUUGUUUCCCGUUAACUUAAAAAAUGAAAGGCAAGGGUUUACAUCCUGGCCUUUCUUCCUGCCAAGCACUAAAGCCGCUCUCUCACCGUGUGGUACAGCUCAACUUGACUCAACGUUGCUCGUUUUUGUCUGUUUGUUUGUUUCCAUUGGGGCAAAAGUUGUGGAUAGUACCCGGUUCUUUAUUUGGCAUCACCUCCAUCAAGGUCCCAAGGUAGCUGAGCCAACACUAAAAGGUGAUGUGAAAACACUGCAGACCACUGAUUGGUCACAGUGAAUCAUCAACUAGAAUUAUCGCCGCGUCAUCAUUGUGCGGCUGAGCUCUGAUGUAGGAUUUCCCAAACUCUCCUCCUUUUUUUUUUUCCAGCGGUCUCUUGUCUCCCUGCCGUCAGCCUCUUCUGAAACAAAAAUCGUCUCCUUGCUGUGACAAACAGCCACAUAACAAGAAUCCAGAGCGCUAGCCCUUCAAUUUCCCCCAUCGUUCCUGUGUGUGUUGCAUUGCAGAUGACCUCACGGCUGCUUCGUGCGACUCUGCAGAGGAAACCAAAGUCCAGAGAAGUACCUGGAAUCAAAAGCAAGGAGAGUCAAGUCAGGUUGAGCCGUGCCAGGUGGUGGAAAAGUGGCUUAAUACAGCUAUUGUGGUUAACUAAGAGGACGAUUGAGUGAUUUUUGAUUAGUUGAUCCAGGCUAUGAAAAAGAUUCUGGGCCUCCUGUCGUGAGCUGUAAAACCACAGAGUGUCUGUUGAUGGGACUUUAGAGCUGGACGACUGAGGAGUGGGAAACAAGAAGGAGAGAGGCGAGAACAGCAUGAAAAAGGAAAAACAGUGGUGAAAGAUGACUUUAUUUAACUAAGUCCCUAACCAUUUGUGUUUUCUGUCAAAUCUGGUCACGCUGAUCUUGUCACAAGUCUUAAAGGAUGAAAUCCCCAAAAACAAAACUGCAGUACCUGUGACCUUUUCCAUGCUUGGCCUUUUUAGACUCGUGUGAUAUACUGUCACAUAAAGGUUGCUGUAUAAUCUGUACCUACACCUUCUAUGGCUUUGUCUUUUCACUGUACUUUGUUUCCACCUCCCUUGCCUGUUUUAUCAUUUUUUUAUUUUAUGAAAAUUCGUUUUAGUCAUUUGUUCACUGCUUACUCUUGUUUAUUAGUGACACAACGAAAGAAUGUAUAGAGAUGUAGGUGUGAGGUGUGGCCUUACUACAUUUGUCUUUUUUUUUUCCAAUCAUUGAUGGGUUGAACUAUGAAAAUGGCACCUGCCAAUCCAACUGCACUUGAAACGCACUGUACAGAUGUCCAUUUUAAAGUUGAUUCUCAAGAUUAAAAGACACAUGUUUAAUCCCAUA